UCUCCCUUUCUUUCUGUUCUUUGUGGAGUUUAUCACAAGUUUUAGCUGAUAAACAAAGCAGGCAAUUAAGCAGCAUUAGCCAUUUUGUUCAUAUAUAAUUAUAUAUAUACACAUACAUAUAGUGCUAUAUAUAGCCUUACAGAACAGAUCUGCUUUUGAGUAUGGAGAGAAUUGUGUUUUUGUUGUUGGGGUUUCUUCUUCUUCUUCCUUGUGUGGUAAUGGGCGGCCAUGACUAUGCUCAAGCUCUGAGUAAGAGUUUCUUGUUCUAUGAAGCUCAGAGAUCUGGUUAUCUCCCCCAUACUCAGAGAGUUCAAUGGAGGGGAAAUUCUGGGCUCCUUGAUGGCAAAGCUAGUGGGGUGGAUCUGAUUGGAGGGUACUAUGAUGCUGGGGACAACGUGAAAUUUGGGCUCCCAAUGGCGUUCACCGUUACCAUGAUGUCCUGGAGCAUCAUAGAAUAUGGACGGCAAAUGGGUGCCAGUGGGGAGCUUAGCCACGCCAUGGAUGCUGUCAAGUGGGGCACUGAUUAUCUCAUCAAAGCUCACCCUCAACCUGAUGUCCUUUAUGGAGAGGUGGGGGAUGGGAACACUGACCAUUAUUGUUGGCAAAGGCCGGAAGAUAUGACCACUUCGAGAACCGCCUACAAGAUCGACCCCAGCCACCCUGGAUCCGACCUCGCCGGCGAGACCGCCGCCGCCAUGGCCGCCGCGUCCAUCGUCUUCCGCCGCUACAACCCUUCCUAUUCCAACGAGUUACUCAAACAUGCCUAUCAGUUAUUUGAGUUUGCAGACAAAUACAGGGGCAAAUAUGACAGCAGCAUCACCGUCGCACAAAAGUACUACCGAUCCGUUAGCGGUUACAUGGAUGAAUUGCUAUGGGCAGCUGCGUGGUUGUACGAAGCAUCAAAUAAUGAGUACUACUUGAACUACUUGGGUGAGAAUGGAGCUGCACUUGGAGGAACUGGGUGGGCCAUGACUGAGUUUGGGUGGGAUGUUAAAUAUGCUGGAGUCCAAACUCUUGUUGCUAAGAUCCUAAUGCGUGGGAAUGCUGGGCGGCAUGCGGCAGUGUUGGAGAAGUAUCAGCAGAAGGCAGAGUACUUCAUGUGCUCCUGCCUUGGAAAGGGUAGCCGGAAUGUUCAGAGGACUCCCGGAGGCCUCAUUUUCCGGCAGAGAUGGAACAAUAUGCAGUUUGUUACCAGCGCCUCCUUCCUCCUCACUGCAUACUCCGACUAUCUCUCCUCUGCUGGCAAGUCUCUCAAGUGUUCUUCUGGCUAUGUUCCCCCUUCUGCACUUCUCUCCUUUGCUCAAUCACAGGUGGACUAUAUUCUCGGGGACAACCCGAGGGCGACAAGUUACAUGGUGGGAUAUGGGAACAACUACCCCAAGCAAAUUCACCAUAGAGCCUCCUCCAUUGUCUCCAUCAAGGUUGAUCCUACCUUUGUUACCUGCCGAGGAGGCUAUGCCACGUGGUAUGGCAGGAAGGCGAGCGAUCCCAAUCUGCUUGUUGGUGCUCUCGUCGGAGGGCCUGAUGCCUACGACAACUUUGCCGAUCAAAGAGACAACUAUGAGCAGACAGAGCCUGCUACUUACAACAAUGCUCCAUUCAUUGGUGUCUUGGCUAGACUACAUGCUGGUCAUAGUGGAUAUAACCAGCUCCUUGCAGCUCCCGUUCCCCAUCCUCAACCUAAGCCAGCUCCAGAAGCGAAACCAAGUCCAAUUUCACCGCCAAUAGUAACUCCUGCACCAGUUUCCUCGUCGGCUGAGAUUGGGGUUGCACAGAGGGUGACAAAGUCAUGGGUUUCUAAAGGCAAAACAUACCACAGAUACUCAGCAAUUGUGACCAACAAGUCUGCCAAGAGCCUCAAGGAUUUGAAGCUCUCAAUAUCCAAACUCUAUGGUCCUCUCUGGGGUCUUUCCAAGUAUGGCAACUCCUAUGCCUUACCAAAAUGGCAGAAAUCUCUGGCUGCUGGGAAGAGCCUCGAAUUCGUGUACAUCCAUGCUGCUUCUCCUGCUCAAGUCUCGGUAUCAGCCUACAAUCUGGUCUAAAAGGCAAUGAAGGAAAAGAAACAAAACGCUCAGCACGCUUCUAUCUCUGAUUUUAGUGUAAGAAACUGUGCAGGUGUACAUUGGUGCAGCCCAGGUUGUGUGUGUGUGUGUGUGUUUUUUUUUUUUACAUGCUGUAAUUCUCUGGUUUUCUGGGUGGUUCGCGAUCUUAGCGAGGGGGUUUAGGUGAAGCUAGUGUUAAUAAAGAAUGAAGCUUUGAGAAGAAAGGAGUGAAGGGACAGAGUUAAAAUGAGGGCUCAUCCUCUUUCUUCUCCACUUCAUCAGUGAUGACAGUAUAGAACUGAGAGAGAGACAGAAAAGAGUGCUGAGAAGUGGAAAGAAUUUGACUUCCCAACAGCACCCCAAGUCUUUGGUUUCCUUGUACCUGAGAGAAUACUUCUACCUUUGCUUCAUGUUUUAUAUAUGUACUUGUGAUGUUGUAAACUUUACAACAUUUCCAACUUUCAAUAUAAAUAUGAAUAUAUUUUGAACAAGAUUUUCA